GUGGAGGCAGACACACGAGUACACAGUACACUACACACUAUUCACUCAGUCUUGCUUGCGCUGGUCUACAAGUCGCUUCGUAUGUCAUAUCAUAAAUAUUUAUCAUCAUAAUUAUAAUUAUUAUUGUUAUUGUUAUUAUGCAUAAAAAUUUUUAAAUUCAAUCCGCACGCUUGUGGUGUCUGUUAACGGCAUAAUUCAACUCCAUAAAUAUUUUAAUCGCUACUUAACACAACUAGUAGUUUUCAAAAUUAAAUAAUCGCGGGAGUUUAAAAACAUUAUCCAUUCACGUAUAAGUCUAAUUAGUGGGACAUUAGUAAUAUCGAUGACUGUACUUACAUUGUGAAUUGCAGUGGUGACUCGCUAGUGUGACUCGUUUCGAAAUACUUCUGAAUUACGCAUACUGUCAAUGAUUUAAAUAAAAAGUUAAAAAAAAAAAACCCGCGACUGCACACGGACUUAAGUUGCAUUAUUUCGAGCCCGAGCAAGGUGAGUGAAGAUAGGAGUACUCGAGUACCGGGUAUUGGAGUAUAAGGAUAAGAGGGAGUCAGAUAAGAGGGAUGCUGAAACACGUGUCGAUAUCACCCUGGAGAGGAAGAUGCGACAGUGUCAGCCUGGCCUCCAGCAAUGGGGAUAACAGUAGCUGCGGAAGCGGAAGUCCAACCCCUAGUCAUACUCCACCACCCUCACGUGCCUCAUCUUGCGCAUCUCUGAUUCCACUUACGGCGCUAUCAACUUUUUCACCUGCUGAUAAUGCCCCGCAACAAACGACAAUAAAAGUGUAUGCUAAUUGUCUAAGACCAGAUAUAGAAUACAAAACACUGUCAAUAACAUACGAAACAACAUGUCACGAAGUCGUGGAAAAUUUAUUAAAUAAAUACCGAAUGAGACACCGGGACCCGAGGCUCUUUUACAUGACUAUGGAAGUCACUGUCAGACGGGCUAAUGUAAGGACUAUUUUACCCCUAGAUGAAGAUGCUAGACCUGCUGUACUUCAAUCCUGUCAUCCACGUGGUGAUUCAAGAUUUUCAUUACAAACACGUCGUGGUGGAUUAGUGAAAAUAUAUGACAGCGCAUUAAUGUCCGGAUCAAAAUACAAAAGUCUACUGAUAUCCGAGCGGACGACAGUGGACGAGUUGAUUCAAAUGCUGCUGAAUUGCUACAACUCAACCGAGCGAGUCGAGCAAUUUUCCCUGUACGAAGUCUGCGAAGGCGAAGAGUACCAGCGCAAGUUGCAUCCCGAUGACUCUCCGCUCAAAGUCACCCAGAAGUGGACGAGUAUCGACAGACACCUUCGUAUCCGCAGGAAUCCGGACUACGACCCACAUAGGAGAAAGAGUAUGUGGGCAUCUGAUUCAACGAUAAGUGCAGCACUAUCGCGGCUACAUCUUCAGAAUAAAAUUCAUUUGUCACAACAAAAUUUGUCUUCUGAUAAAUCCAAAACUCAUGAUAAUUUAAAUAACAAUAAUAAUAAUAAUAAUAAUAAUACUAGUAAUAAUAAUAGUAGUAAUAAUAGCAGCAAUAAUAAUAGUAAUAACAAUAGUAGCAAUUCAAAUCCAAGUUUGUCUGCGUCAUCACACUGCCUGCUACUGCGUCAGCGAGCCAAAUGUAAAGUAAAUAACAACAAUAGACAUAAUCAUAAUCAUAAUUACCCGAAUAAUGUCACUGUCAGUAAAAGUAACAGUUCCAUGAGUACGAGUACGAGUACGAGUGAGGAAUGUGGAAGAAAUCCACUCACUCGUACUACCAAAAUGUCUAAUUUAUUACCGCAGAGUUUGCCCUCGACACCGCUGACGUCAAAACAUCUCGGGGCAUCCCGGUUCUCAAAUUAUGAAAAUUUUUUUUAUAUAUAAUUUAUCAAGUUAUUAUUGCCUGUAAAGUAUUUAUUUAUUUAAUGAUUAUGAUUAUAGUGAUUGUUGAUUUUAAAUUACCAGUUUAUUAUAUUUUUUUUUUUUAUUUUUUAUUUUUUUUGAAGAAGAAGUUAUUGGUGAAUAUUUUUGAUAAAAUAUUCGUUUAAUGAAUGAGAGAUAAAUUUGUAAUUAUUUAUAUAUUUUUAAAUAAUUAUUAAAAGGUGUCCAAUUUGGAUAGAUUAUUUAUUAAAUUUAUAAUUAUCAAGCUUUUAUUUUUGUAGAAAAUAUAUCUAGCCUUCAAAAAAAAAAAUUUUUUUAUUUUUAUUGAAAUUAAAAAUUUAUUAAUUAAUUAUUUAAUUUAUUAAUUAAUUUACUGAUAGCACAGAAGUAAUUUUGAUAUUUUUUUAAUUUAAGCAAAAUGUUUAAAUAAUUUGAUUGCCCGCGAAAUUCAAAUCUCAAAUAAAAUAAAGUGAAAAUUUUUUAAGUCGUCAGUAAUUAUAAUAAUUAUUACUUCUGUACUUACAUUAUAUAUUUAUUAAUCAGGCUAGAUAUAUUUAAAAUAUAGUGAGUGUACUAUUGAUAAAUAUUUAAUUGUAAACCGAUACAAAGAAAAGCUAUGUCGCUAGUUUGUAAGUUUUUUUUUAUAAACAAUAUUGUACCAAAGGUAGUUUUUAUAUGGCAUCUAUAUUAUAUUUUAUUAAUUAAUUUAUCAAUUAAUUAAUAAUAUUAUUUUUAUGUAUUUAAAUAUCAUAUGAAAAGUAUAUCACGCGUUUUUUAAAUUUAUUAAUUAAAUAAGCGGUAAUUGCUUAUUCUUGUGUAAAAUUUCGCUUGUAUAUAAAGCACGAAUGCCCGGUCAGUUUC